AUGAACCCGGAGGAACAAGACGUCACGGUUCUGCUUGUGAUGUUACCAAAAAUCUGGAAGGUGGAAGAGAGAGUUGUGGGAGCGGAUCUGGGACUAGGAAGGUUCCAGUUUCACUUUGACACGGAGGAGGACAUUGUGGUGGUAUUGGAGAUGCAACUGUAUCAUUUUGAUUACUGGAUGAUAGCACUGGCUCGAUGGCAACCAAGGAUGGCAAGAGAUUUCCCUUCGGAGAUUCCAUUAUGGAUCAAGAUUGUGGGUGUUCCCACAGAGUUCUGGUCAACCCCUACGUUCCAGAGUAUUGGUGAUGCUAUUGGUGAAACCACAGACGUAGAUCUUGACUAUGGUAAAAUGCGGGUGAUUGUAGAUGGAUGCAAGGAGUUGUGUUUUGAGACACCGGUGGAUUUCAAAGGUGGAGAAUAUUACGAGGAAGAUGAGGCUCUAGUCACUACAGGAAAUAAGGGUUUUGAUGGCACCGCUAAAGCGCUAUAA